AUGCAAUCGUUCAAUAAAUAUCUCGCGAGCCAGCCUUAUUUAAUGGACGCAGCACUUAAAUGGAUCCACUUUAACAAGUCAAACAUGUCUGAUUGGUCUUCAUUUAAAAUUGCUAUUGUUCAAGCUUAUCAAUCAACAAUAACCCCAUUUCAAUCUAGCACACCGUCAACAACAACAACCAAGACACCAUCAGCAGCUUCACCUGGACAAGUCACCUCCACAUUUUUCGAUAAUGAUACGUCAAGUAAACAUCAAAAUCAAGAUUUUCAAAUACAUAAAAUAAAAAAACAUUGGUCCAUUACUGCUAAUUAUGUUAUUGAUGAUUACAAUGUCCUUUAUAAAGUCGUUAAUUGUAAAUUUGGACAACACAUUAAUCUACGUUAUUUGUCUGUUUCGUUAAUUCCUAGUGUUUUAUCAACUUAUCACAACUCAACUUUUAAUGGUGCUCAUUUUGGUAUUAAACGAACCUUUUACAAGAUACGUGAUCGUUCUUCUGGGCCGAAUAUGUACAAAGAUAUUGAAAAACACAUUUUAUCUUGUCUCAAUUGUCGACAAAAUAAACCUUCUCGUCGUAAACCAGAUGGCCAUUAA